GGUUCUUUGAUAUUAGCUUGAUGCUGCUGUGUUCACAUUUUUUUUCUUUUCUUUCCCAAAAAUUUGUCUUCUUAUUUCUCUUGGGUCAGUGGUGAGUCAGUAAUUGGAGGAACGUUUUCCCUAAUGGUAUCGAAGCUUGAAAAGACAGAAAAUUGAUUAUUCUGCUGUGUCGCUAUGAUGUUCGUGUUUUUCCUGACUGUUGGGUAUCAUCUGCUUCAUCAUUGCAGCUAUUACUCGUUCAAUAAAAUGUCUGGCACAAUUGUUGAGGACUCACGGGACAAAGUGCUCUCUGAUUGUACACCCAAAAAUGAUGUCGAUGGUGAAGGUGCUUUGAAAGACAUGAUAGAUUCAGAUGUAGGUGAUGAGAAUGCCGUGCCUUCCCCAAAGGAGGAGGAGGAAAUAAUCAAGAAAAGGUAUGGGGGCCUGUUACCAAAGAAGCCUCCAUUGAUUUCCAAGGAUCAUGAACAUGCUUUUUUUGAUUCUGCUGACUGGGCUUUGGGUAAGCAAGGAGCACAGAAGCCCAAAGGACCACUUGAAGCUCUCCGACCCAAGUUGCAGCCCACCCCACAUUACCAAGGAAGGUCAAGGCGUUCAGCAUAUGCACCUGCAGAUGAUGGUAAUGAAGGGAAUGGCUACCAUAGCGAAGAUCCAGAAGAUGAGAGCCACAAAGGAGAGGAUGGUAACGAGAAAGAUCAUUCUUCGGAGGAGAAAGGCUGUCAAGACGAGCCGCAUGAUGUUCUAUGCUGAAUCAUUUUGGUCGAACCGUUGUUUCAUUUCCCUUUUGUAGUCGACAUAAUGGGAACCAAACAGGAGGCAGUUGAACUCCAUAAGCCCUUUGAUGUGCGAUGAACCGGAGAGACGUAUUUGCAACGGUCUCCUGUAGUAUUUGCAGGCAAGACAUAUAUCAGUACACCUUU